GACCCAUAUAUACUCGGUGAUUUUAACUUACACUUCAACGGUUCAACCUAAAAUUUCUGGACGCAACUAAAAAUCUGCACUGCAAGUCUGCAACUCAAAACUAAAACCCUAACUAAACCUUGGAGUAGGAGAAAAUGGUGAAGUAUAUGAAACUGAAGGGAAGUAGACAUUUCAGACAAAGGCUAGUGUUAUCAACUCUAUCAGGAACUCCAAUCUCAAUUGAAGAAAUCAGAGCUGAUGAAACAUGGCCAGGUCUACGUUCUCAUGAAAUCAAAUUACUUCGAUUAAUAGAGUUGAUAUCUGAUGGCGGGGCUGUUGUAAUCAAUGAAACUGGAACUAAACUAAAGUAUACGCCAGGAGUAAUAGUAUGUGGAAAGCGUUAUGAUGAUGGGUUCGAUUGUGGUCUUAGUAGAUCAAUUGGGUAUUUCCUUGAGCCAUUGAUUGUUCUUGGAUUAUUUGGAAAGAAGUCGCUUGAGAUUAAGCUUAAAGGAAUCACUAAUGAUUCGAAGGAUCCAACUGUUGAUACUUUCCGGUCGACUACAUUGAAUAUUCUGAAACGCUUUGGGAUUGAUUCAGAAGGAGUGGAUCUGAAAAUAGUCAACCGUGGAGCUCCGCCAUUGGGUGGUGGUGAAGUUAUUUUGAUGGUUCCGGUGGUUGAAAGUAGCUUAUCAGCAGUUACUUGGAUAGAUGAAGGAAUGGUUAAAAGAAUCAGAGGAACAACUUUCUCCACCAGAGUGUCUUCUCAGUUUGAAAACACCAUGAUUCAUGCUGCUCGUGGAAUCUUCAAUCGCCUACUUCCUGAUGUUCAUAUAUUUACAGAUCAUAAAGCUGGAGAUAAAGCUGGAAAAUCUCCUGGCUUUGGUAUGUCAUUGGUCGCUGAGACCACAUCAGGGUGCUUUAUCUCUACUGAUACUGCAGUUAGCUAUGCAAGAGGGGAGGGCGAUGAGGAUGAUGAGACGAAGGAGCUAAUGCCACCUGAAGAGAUUGGUGAGCAAGCUGCUUCUAUGCUUCUAGGAGAGAUUAAACAAGGAGGAGUGGUGGACUCAACACAUCAGGGUUUGUUAUUCCUUCUUUGCGCUUUAUGCCCGCAAGAUGUUUCAAAGGUUCGUGUAGGAAAGCUCUCACCUUAUGCUAUAGAAACACUCGGACAUAUCAGAGAUUUCCUCGGUGUCAAAUUUGUUAUUACGCCUGAUCCGUCAACAGAAACUGUCAUACUAAAGUGCGUGGGUUGUGGUUUGAAGAAUCUCUCAAGAAAGUUCUCCUAAUACCAACUAUACUAGUCAGGGGGUGAUUUCCUAAUGUAAAACUGUCUCCAUAGGCUCACAACAAUUUAUGCACAUGGUAAAUGUACACGCUAUAUGAAAUACUUGGAGGUGGGCAAUUCUAUUAGCUUGUUGGUUCAAAUUUCAUUAUUCAUUAUGUUAUCUUCAUCUUCUUCAGUC